UCUUUACAAAAACACAGGAAAAUGUAGAGUUACAUAAAGUAUGAACAGAAGAAAAACAAGCAUCAGCCAGUCAGCUUUUCUCUAACAGAGAGCAUUAUAAGACACAAGAAAGGGAAUCAAAAACUAAACAAAGAAAUAAAGGACAGUGUUCUAAAGACAAAGUGUAAUGCAAAUUUAACAGUGUUUUUUGGAGAGAAUUUAUGAAGAGAUAAGAGUGCAUGAACAGAGAAGUAAAGAAGGACCAGUACAGCCCCAACUGCCAUAGUCAGGGGUUCCUUGGAGUAGCAUUAAAGACUGUAAAACAUGUUCUUUACUACACAUUUACAGUAGCUACACCAUCCAACAAAAAAUAAAUGUAUCUCAAAUAAAAAAAAUGAGCCAGAUUUAUAAGGAGAAAGUUAGAUAUUGAUGCUUUGAUGAAUGAUUUGAUUUGUAGUUGAAGAACAUGGGAUCUUCUACUCAGAUUCUCCACAUGUUCUUCAUCAUCAUUAUAACCAUUUUUAUGUUCCUAUCAUUGCAAAGUGCUCACAUUUUGAGUGCUGAUGCUUCAUUGGCUGCAGCAGAGUACUUAAAAGUUCGUCAUAGCCAGCAAGAGUUGGAGUUUGUGGAGGAAAUUAGUGGAGAGAAUUAUGAUAAGAAGAUUCAGAAAGUUUCAGGGGAUGAUGAGAAUGAAGAAAAAGAAACUUUGAUAGUGCAGAAGUUUAGAGCUUUACUUGGACUGAGGAGCUUCAGAGCAAGAAGCUCGUAUGAUGAGUAUCUCUCGCCGGCGCCUUCUCCUUCGCUUUCCAUAGAAGCUGAAGCUCCGUCGCCUGCUCCUUCUCGUGUUUCCGUGCUGCCAAUUCAGGUACAUUCGCAUCCACCGCUGCAUCACUCAAAAUCAAACGCAACAGUUCAUAAGAUUCUAAAGAAACACAAAGAUAAAGGCAGAUUUAAAAGAAUUCUCGCAGUAGUUCUUGUUUCGACAGGAGCAGCAUUCAUUGUCUGUGUUCUUGGAUUGAUCUGGGUAUCAAGAAAAUUCAGAAAAGACAAAAGCCUUACUGUAAGAUUGAUGUCGGUAUAUAGAAAAAAGGGCAGAAGCAGAGGUAAAGCCAAGUUUAUGACUCCACACAAAUCAGCAAGCAAGGUGAGGUUAAAUCCUGGUCUUGAUCUUCUCUAUCUUAAUUCAUUAGAAAGAGAUUUAGAGCAACAUAGCAGCACUUGUUUCAAACAACCUGCUGAUACAUUAAAAAUAGCAUCAAAUCGUAGCACACCGAAACACGCGUUACACAAUGAGAGGGAAGAAACAAACCAGGAAAUGAUGUUAGAACCGGAAUUUGAUAACGCUAGUAGUUCCUCUGCCACAAGGGAAAUCUUGUCUGUUCAUGAGGAUAUUGUUGAAUCUGUGAAAUAUGAUUCUGAUGGUGGAAAUUUUUCUCCUGAUGAUGAAGUUAUUCCAGUUGAAGUUGAUUCUUCUGAUGAUGAAUCUUUUCAUUCUUUUGUUGAUUCACAUUCUUCUCACAUUAGACUUUCUAAUGCUUCAGCUGGUAGUCUUACUGACCUAUCAGAGGUUUCCCCAUCAAAUGGGCCUAAAAUAUCCUCAUCUCCAAUCAAUUCUUCCAAAUAUUUUGAAACUAAAGCUCCCCAAUCUCCAAACCAGCUCAAAAUAGAAAAUGUGAGAGUUCUGUCUCCUAAAAAUUCUGAUGAGAAUCUUGCGCCUCUUCCUCCACCUCCGCCCCCACUACCUCCUCCUCCGCCGGCCUCCGGCCCAUCUCCCUUUUCUACUAGAAUUACAUCCAAACCUACAUGUUCUUCUCCAUCAGCCCAGGCAACACCUCAGAUAUCUCCAAGGUCUUCAAAAUCUCCGAAAACCCGCCCUUUUCCGUCAUCAUGUUCAUCUCCAUUUCCAAAAGAAAAUGGGAUGUCCACCAAAAAUCCACCUCCUCCACCAUGCCCACCUCCUUUUAUGCUAAGAAAUACAAGCUCCGCCAAAGGCCCACCUCCACCACCAUGCCCACCGCCAUUUACGAAAGGAAACACAAGUGGCUCUACUAAAGGGCCACCAACUCCUCCAUCUCUACUUCCUCAAUCUGCACCAUUAGGCAAAGAUGGAGUUCCACUGCCAAAACUGAAGCCACUUCACUGGGACAAAGUUAGAGCAGCGCCGGAUCGUAGUAUGGUGUGGGAUAAAAUAAGAUCAAGCUCAUUUGAGUUCGAUGAGGAGAUGAUUGAAUCCCUAUUUGGAUACAACUUACAGAACACAAUGAAGAAUGAUGAAGCAAAGAGCAAAAGUCCCUCUCCAAGCAAGCAUGUCCUAGAACCUAAGAGACUGCAAAAUUUAACCAUACUCUCAAAAGCCUUGAAUUCAACCUCUGAGCAAGUAUGUGAAGCACUGUAUAGAGGAAGUGGAUUGUCUUUACAACAACUAGAGGCAUUGUCGAAGAUGGUACCGACAAAGGAAGAAGGGGCUAAGCUUGCUGAGUACAAAGGAAACAUCAGUCAAUUAGGUUCAGCGGAGAAGUUUGUUAAAGUAGCCCUUACUAUACCGUUUGCCUUUUCGCGAGUUGAGGCGAUGCUUUAUAGAGAAACAUUUGAAGACGAGGUAGUUCAUCUCAGAAAUUCUUUCUCAAUGCUAGAGGAAGCCUGCAAAGAACUCAGGUCGAGCAGGCUGUUCUUGAAGUUAUUAGAAGCAGUACUAAAAACAGGCAACCGUAUGAAUGUGGGAACAAUUAGAGGCGGAGCUAGAGCAUUCAAGCUCGAUGCACUCCUUAAGCUUGCUGAUGUAAAAGGAACUGACGGGAAAACUACACUACUACAUUUCGUAGUACAAGAGAUAGUUCGGUCAGAAGGAAUUCGAGUAUCAGAUAGCAUAAUGGGAAGGAUCAAUCAGACGAACAAAAGCAAAACAAUUCAAGAACGCGAAGAAGACUACAAAAGAAUGGGACUAGAUCUCGUGUCAGGUUUAAGUACCGAACUUUUCAAUGUCAAGAAAACCGCCACAAUAGACCUCGACGUUCUUGCAAGCUCAGUUUCAAACUUAUCAGAUGGAAUGACUAAACUGCAAAAUCUAGUAAAAGACUUGUCUACAGAUGAGAAGAGCCAAAGCUUUGUGCAUGCCAUGAAAACAUUCCUAAACUACGCGCAACGGAAUCUAAAAUUGUUAAAGGAAGACGAAGAUAAAGUCCUAUUACACGUUAAAGGAAUCGCGGAGUAUUUCCACGGAGUUGUGAGUAAAGAAGAAACCAACCCGCUCCGAAUAUUCGUGAUCGUAAGAGAUUUUUUGGGGAUGUUAGAUCAUGUCUGCAAAGAGCUUAGAAGCUUAAAAGUCAGUAACACUCCAAAUCCUCUUGCUCCAUUUAGAUAGAUUGGAUUGUUUUGUGUGUGUUUAUAUAGGGGAGGAUACAUUAUAUCGCAUCCAAAUUAACUUUAAUUUUGGAUUUUUAUGUAGAGUUUUGGCUUGUUUUUGUUUAAAUUCAAUUUCUAGAAAUCUCAAUUAGCUGGGAUUAAGGAUUUGUAAUAACAAUUAAUCACAUUAUUGAUCAUUUGAACAGAUUAAGAGUUUGGAUAUUUACAUCAA